AUGGCUUCUUUUGCAUCAUGCAUCGUCAUGAUGAUAUUUAUUUUUUGUAAUCCUGUGUUACGCAAAUUCAUCAAGCUUCCCGCUUGCCCUUUAGGGAUCCCACAUGGAUGUCACAAGAUCUCCGAGCAUUCAGGAUUCGAGAAUGAUCCUAUCACUAAUGAUUACAAGGUUAUCAGGCUAGUAACAAUGACGCCUAAUAAAAGAUAUGGACAUCAGGCUUUUGUAGUCAGAGCUGAUGUUUACAAUCUCGGUACCAGUUCUUGGAGGGAGUUAGAUACCAAUGCUAUCCUUUGUUUCAAUAUCACCAAUGAGGUGUUUCGAGAGAUAGAGUAUCUCAAUUUGAGCAUUGGUAGUAGGGGCGAGAAUAGUGUGACUAUCUUAGAAGAAUCCCUUAUCCUUAUCUCGAGCAUAUCAGGGAAUCCCAAACUCUUUUCUCCAGCAUAUGAUUAUAAUACUUCAAUCAAGGUUUGGGUGAUGAAAGAAUAUGGUGUUAGGGAGUCUUGGACCAAGAAAUUUUCCACAGCACAUCUACCAGAAAUCAAUUGCCAAUUAUCCUUUUGGAACAAUGAUGAGGAGCUGUUUACACAAAUCAAGAAUGGGAGAGUUGAUCUUCAUGGGAUCUCCGCAAUGGCCAAGAGCUUCGGAAGUAUCAGAUGUACGAGCCGACCAACUAACCAUGGGUUUCCAACUUACCUAAGCGUUGUAACUUAUACUGAGAGUUUGAUUAGUCUCAAUGCUGAAAGGAACCAUUGUCUAUUACUCCCUCCGUCCCGAAAAGUGACAAACUUUUCGAGAAUUGGAGUAUUUUUCAACACUGGGCAAAAAGAAGAGAUAUCCAUCUACACUUCCUAA